CCCUGCCCUGUGUGCUUUAGUGAUGGGGCAGUGAGGAUGCCAAAGCGCGACAGUCCUGUGUAGAUUUUUUUAUUUUUCAUUCAUUUUGUCUUUUUUUCAACCUGUGUGUUGCCAUGUUGCGGGUUGUAGUAGAGUCGGCUAAAGGUCUGCCUAAAAAGAAACUUGGAAAUCCUGAUCCAGUUGCCUCUGUCAUUUUUAAAGAGGAGAAGAAGAAAACAAAAUCGAUUGACAGUGAGGUGAAUCCUGUAUGGAAUGAGGUGCUUGAGUUCGAUCUGAAAGGCACUCCGCUGGACUCUAGCUCCUACAUAGAUGUGGUUGUGAAAGACUAUGAAACUAUUGGGAAAGAUAAAUUCCUUGGGUCAACCAAAAUCUCUUUGAGAGACCUCGCCUCUGGUCAAGUGAGAUCACUACCAUCCAGAAAUGUUUCUUUAGUCAAUGAAAAUGGACAGAGUAUUGGAGCUACAAUCAACCUUGUGGUUGGCUAUGAUCCUCCAGCCAAUGCUCCACCAAACCCCAAUGACCCUCAAGCAGGAGACACCACAGUGGAUGCUGGUGGUGGUGGAGGUGGUGGGGAUGAGGGUAAUGAGACUCUACCAGACGGCGGCCAAAGUGGUUCUGCAGGAACUCCCUCGUCCCCUGGUCAGACUACGAACCUCCGCCAGCAGGUGGCCAGGGCACAAAAUCGCCACCGACUAGUCAAUAAACCUCAGGACUUCCAGAUUCGCGUCCGGAUCAUUCAGGCCCGUCAGCUGUCAGGCAACAACAUCAAACCAGUGGUGAAGGUUAAUGUGUGCGGAGAGACCCACAGAACAAGGAUCAAAAGGGGAAACAACCCCUUCUUUGAUGAGAUUUUCUUCUACAACGUCCACAUGCUACCGUCGGAUCUGUUCGAUAAGCACAUCAGCUUUCGGGUGUAUAAUUCCUAUUCACUGAGGGCUGACAGUCUCAUGGGAGAAUUCAAGCUGGACGUUGGUUAUGUUUUUGAUGAACCAGCCCACUGUGUUAUGAGAAAGUGGCUCCUGUUGAACGACCCAGAUGACUCCAGCUCUGGGGCCAAAGGUUACCUCAAAGUCAGCCUCUUUGUAGUCGGGGCUGGAGAUGAGCCUCCGGCGGAGAAGAGAGAGUUGAAUGACGACCAUGAUGACAUAGAGAGUAAUCUGCUGCUGCCAGCUGGUGUGACUCUGCGAUGGGCCACGCUGUCUCUGAAGGUGUUCAGAGCUGAGGACAUUCCCCAAAUGGAUGAUGCAUUCAUCCAAACCAUGAAAGACAUUUUUGGAGGAGAUGGAAGCAAGAAGAACCUGGUGGAUCCCUUCUUAGAGGCUCGCUUUGCCGGCAAAAAGCUGUGUACUCGGAUCAUUGAGAAGAAUGCGAACCCAGAGUGGAACCAACAACUGAACCUUCAAGUAAAGUUCCCCUCGAUGUGUGAGCGUGUCAAACUGACUGUCUUUGAUUGGGAUCGUUUGACAGGAAAUGAUGCGAUUGGCACCACAUACCUGAACCUGGCCAAGAUAGCCUCCUCUGGUGGAGAGAUAGAAGAGGAACAUGCGAGAAAUGGGGACAUGCCAUCAUUUGAAGCCAACACAGGGCAGUCUGAAGUAGGUUUCCUGCCUGUCUUUGGGCCCUGCUAUGUCAACCUGUACGGCAGCCCCAGAGAGUUCUCCGGCCUGCCAGACCCCUACGAGGAUCUCAAUUAUGGCAAGGGGGAAGGAGUGGCGUACAGGGGCAGGGUUCUGGUCGAGCUGUCCACUAAGCUUGAGGGGAAAGCAGACAAAACGAUAGACAGCAUCCACAGCGAUGACAUCCUGGUGGUGCAGAAGUACCAGAGGAGGAGGAAGUACUGUCUGUGUGCAGUCUUCCACAGCGCCUCCAUGAUACAGGAACCAGGAGAGCCAAUCCAGUUUGAGGUCAGUAUCGGUAACUAUGGCAACAAAUUGGACACCACCUGCAAACCACUGGCCUCUACCACGCAGUAUAGCUGUGCUGUAUUUGAUGGUAACCACUACUAUUACCUGCCCUGGGCGGACACUAAGCCUGUGGUUGUGGUUAUAUCCUUCUGGGAGGACAUCAGCCACCGCAUGGACACUGUCAACAUCAUCCUCUACAUUACUCACCGUCUGCAAUCCAACCUGGAGGCAUUUAAAACUGCCAUCUUGGCCAAAGUCCCUGACGUUCAACUAGAAGAGGUGUGGCUGAAGUUGCUCAAUCAGCUGAUUGAAGACCUAGAAAGCUUCUCAACACCUGAGCUGGAGGGCCGCUCCAAUCUGACAUCUCUGGACAUCCAAAUCAAGAAGCUGCGAGACAGUGCUUUGUCCACCAUCAAGGACGGAGCCAGACGCAUGAGAGAGGAGGCCAGAGAGAUCCGUGACACUCUGUCUGACAUCGAGUCCUGGGCGGAGAAACUUAAGGCGCUGGCUGAGGAGCCCCAGAACAGCAUGCCCGACGUGAUCAUCUGGAUGCUGCGGGGUGAGAAGAGGGUGGCCUACAGUCGCAUCCCUGCUCACCAAAUCCUCUACUCCACAUACAGCGAGCAGGCCUGUGGACAACACUGUGGCAAGACACAGACUGUCUUUUUACAGUACCCAAUGGACAAGAAUAAGGGCCUGAAGGUGCCGGUUCAGAUUAGAGUCAACAUGUGGCUUGGUCUGUCUGCACAAGAGAAGAAGUUCAACUCCUUUUCUGAGGGAACCUUCAGCGUCUUUGCUGAGCUGUACGAGAACCAGGCCCAGAUGUUUGGGAAGUGGGGGACCACAGGACUGGUGGGACGUCACAAAUUCUCAGACGUAACAGGAAAACUGAAGCUGAAACAAGAGUACUUCAUGCCCCCAAGAGGCUGGGAGUGGGAAGCUGACUGGUUCAUUGACCCAGAGAAAGCUCUGUUAACGGAGGCAGACGCUGGACACACCGAAUUCAUGGACGAGGUGUUCCAAAAUGAGACUCGCUUCCCUGGUGGAGAGUGGAAGGCUGCCUCCGAGCCCUUCACAGAUGUGAAUGGAGAGAAGAGCCGUAACCCUGGAGAGUUUGAUUGUCCUCCAGGGUGGGUGUGGGAGGACGAGUGGACUGUGGAUGACAACAGAGCUGUGGAUGAUCAAGGCUGGGAGUAUGGAGUCACCAUUCCCCCAGGUGACAAGCCUCUGUCCUGGGUCCCCGCGGAGAAGGUGUACCACGUGCACCGCAGGAGAAGGCUGGUUCGACCUCGCAAGAGAGCUGCAGUCCCUGCAGGAGCAGCUGCGGAGAGGCGGGACCGAGGUGACCCUGAGGGCUGGGAAUUCUCAUCCCUGAUUGGCUGGAAGUUCCACAGAAAGGAGCGUUCAUCAGACACGUUCCGUCGAAGGCGCUGGAGGCGGAAGAUGGCACCAGAGGACCGGCUUGGAGCGGCUGCUAUCUUCCAGCUGGAGGGGGCGCUGGGUGUUGAUACUGAGGAGAAAGAGAAAGGCUCCAAGGUCGAUGCCACCAAGCUGUUUGGUGCCAACACGCCCACUGUGUCCUGCUCCUUUGACAGGUCACAUAUGUACCAUCUUCGUGUUUACGUGUAUCAGGCACGAAACUUAGCAUCUAUGGACAAAGAUAGUUUUUCUGAUCCGUAUGCACACAUCUCCUUCCUGCACGUUAGUAAGACAACAGAGAAGCUGCGAGCAACGUUGAACCCAACCUGGGACCAAACUCUGAUUUUCAAUGACGUGGAGAUUUAUGGAGACCCCCAGAACAUUGCUCACCGACCCCCUGAUGUUGUACUGGAGUUCUAUGACAAUGACCAAGUGGGGAAGGAUGAGCUGCUGGGCCGUAGUGUCUGUGCUCCAAUGGUGAAGUUGAACCCAGGCAUGGAUCAGAAACCCAAACUGCUGUGGCACCCCAUCAUCCAGAAAGGUCACAAAGCGGGGGAGGCGCUGGUGGCCGCUGAACUCAUCCUUAAAGACAAGUCAGGAGAGUCAGAUCUUCCCCUGGUUCCCUCAAAGAGAGCAGAGAACAUCUACAUGGUUCCCCAGGGCAUCAGGCCUGUGGUACAGCUCACUGCUGUGGAGAUUCUGGCAUGGGGCCUGAGGAACAUGAAGCCGUACCAGCUGGCCUCAGUGUCUUCACCCAGCCUGGUGGUGGAGUGUGGGGGGAAUAGGAUCGAGUCAGCCGUCAUUAAGAACAUGAAAAAGAGCCCAAACUUCCCCAGCUCUGUGCUCUUCAUCAAAGUGCUCCUUCCAAAGGAUGAGAUGUACACACCUCCCAUUGUACUGAAGGUGAUCGACCACCGUCCGUUUGGCAGGAAGCCUGUGGUGGGUCAGUGCACCAUCACCAGUCUGGAAGAGUUCAGAUGUGAUCCAUAUGUCAUCACUGCUGAGGGAGCCAUGUCUUCCAAAAUGUCUCUGAUGAUGGCUUCACCUUCCAAACAUCUCUCCAUUAACAUGGAAGAAUCAAGACCACUGCUCGAGGCUCAGCAUGUAGAGAAGGAAAAAGAGACUGUUGAUUGGUGGAGCAAAUUCUACGCUUCAACUGGAGACCAGGAGAAAUGUGGCCCUUACCUCAAAAAAGGAUAUGACACCCUCAAAGUGUAUGACUGCGAACUGGAGGAUGUCCCAGAAUUCAAAGGGCUGACUGAUUUCUGCAGCACCUUCAAACUGCAGCGAGGCAAAAAUGAAAAUGGCGACGACGACCCGAGCGUGGUUGGAGAGCUGAAGGGUUCAUUCAAGGUGUAUCCUCUGCCUGACGACCCAGGUGUCACUGCUCCUCCCCGUCAGUUCAGAGAGCUGCCCGAUAGUGGACCUCAGGAGUGUCUGGUCAGGGUUUAUGUGGUCCGGGCCAUAGACUUGCAGCCCAAAGACAACAAUGGAAAAUGUGAUCCAUACAUAAAGAUAUCACUGGGGAGGCAUACGGUUGACGACAGAGACCAUUACCUACCUAACACCACGGACCCAGUGUUUGGAAGGAUGUUUGAGAUGACGUGUUUCCUGCCCCAGGACAAGGACCUGAAAAUCUCAGUCUAUGACUAUGAUCUCCUGAGCCGGGACGAGAAGGUCGGCGAGACAGUGAUUGAUCUGGAGAACCGCUUCCUGUCCCGAUAUAACUCCUACUGUGGCCUGCCACAAACCUACUGCAUUUCUGGUAUCAACCAGUGGCGGGACCAGCUGAAGCCGUCCCAGAUUCUGGAGAACAUUGCUCGUCUGAAAGGCUUGUCCAAACCCAGGACUGAAGACAACGGCACAUCGCUCACCUACAAUGGCAAAGAGUAUACGCUGGCUCAGUUUGAAGACAACAAGGAAAUUCAUCAGCACUUGGGUCCGCCCCGAGAACGACUCUGUCUGCACGUGCUCAGAAAACAGGGACUUGUACCUGAACACGUGGAGAGCAGGACCCUUUACAGCAGCUUCCAGCCCAAUCUCUCUCAGGGAAGCCUUCAAAUGUGGGUGGACGUCUUCCCCAAAUCCAUUGGCGUCCCUGGACCCCCCUUUGACAUCACACCACGCAAGGCUAAGAAGUAUAUCCUGCGUGCUGUCAUCUGGAACACCACAGAUGUGACUUUAGAUGAGACCAGCAUCACAGGAGAACACAUGAGUGACAUCUAUGUCAAAGGCUGGAUGCCAGGCAUGGAGGAGGACAAGCAGAAGACUGAUGUCCACUACAGGUCUCUGGACGGAGAUGGCAACUUUAACUGGAGGUUCAUCUUUAACUUCGACUUCCUGCCUGCUGAACAGCUCUGUCUUGUGUCCAAGAAGGAGCACUUUUGGAGUCUUGACAAAACAGAGUUCAGGAUUCCCCCCAAGCUGAUUGUUCAGAUUUGGGAUAACGACAAAUUCUCACUGGAUGAUUACCUCGGCACACUGGAGCUGGAUUUGCGUAACCUGGUUGCUCCUGCGAAGACCCCGGAGAAGUGUUCUCUGACGAUGAUGGAUGUUCUCGAAAUGGAAUCUCCACACAAGACCGAGCAUACCAAGUCGCUGUUUGCUCAGCAGUCAGUCAGAGGCUGGUGGCCAUGUUCCAUUGAAAAUGAUGGAAAGAAGGUCCUGGGUGGAAAAGUGGAGAUGACGCUGGAGAUUAUAAGUGAAGCAGAUGCAGAUGAGAGACCUGCAGGAAAAGGCAGGGAUGAACCCAACAUGAACCCAAAACUGGACCCUCCAAAACGCCCAGAAACAUCCUUCUUUUGGUUCACCAACCCAUGUAAGACCAUGAAGUUCAUUGUGUGGCGAAGGUUCAGGUGCCUCUUCAUUGGACUCAUCAUCCUCACCAUAGUGAUUCUCUUCCUUGCCAUCCUGUUGUACUCUCUACCGAACUACAUCUCAAUGAAGAUAGUGAAACCACUAAGCUAACUCUACAAUGGAGGAAGAGCAGUGGAACUGAAAAAGGACAACUCAAAAUGUCUACAGGAUCUCAUGAACUGGGCACAACUACUGCCAAACCAUCUCAAUAUCUUUUUUUUUAUUGCCUAUAGUAUUUUAUAGAGGUUUACCUGAAUGGGAAGGGGUGCUUGCACAUUUGCACUACAUUGUCAUAUUUUACCAUGAACACUAUGUCUACACCGCUAAACUGUGACAGACAGCAAUACAUUUGAUUCUAAACCACAGCUUUUAUCUCACACAUUAACACCUACACAUAUCAAGUGAUGAGAAAACAGACCCUCCUGUACAUUAAAAUGCAAUCCAAUACAACAGUUCUGCAAUCAGUUGUAUUUGUUGGUGACAAUGUGUGAAAGAGUGAUGGGGGAGGGAUUUUUGAGGCUAUAUUUAGGGGUUUUGUUGUAUUGGAUUGCACAUUAUUGCAAGGUGUUUCAUACUGUAUGUAAAUGAGGUGAUUAACAACAAUUAAUAAAUAAGUUUCACCGUCUUGGUAUUUAUUUAAGGACUGUUGUUUAAUUGCAUUACAUUGUGCAAGGGUUUCUAUUUUUCUGGUCACUCACAAGUAAUCCUGCCAAAAACAGUCAAGUAUGUCUGUCUUUUGUAUAUUACAUUUUCACAAAUCUUGUCAGUUAAAUAUAUUAAAACAUUAUUCAACAGG